AGCAACAAUGUAAUCUCCGAAGAAAUUGAUCAGGUCGGUUAACUAUAGCAUGUAGCUGCAAUAAGUACUGAACACAUAGUUACUAACAGAAAUGCACCUGUGAAGGGUAUUUAGCUUCGGUGCAACCGAAGUUAACGUUUUUUCUUGUUUUUUAUGACUGUCAUACCAACACUGUUGUUGUUUCACAUGAAAAAUUAAAAUAUGACUGAUACAACACUGCGUGGUAUGUUUCUUGAGUUCGCUAUUCUAUCAGCUGUAUUUGUUUACUUUCCUUUUAUUGGCGUUUAAGUCUUUGAAAUUAAUAAGUUUAAUAAGUUUCGUUAUUAAUAUGGAAGAAAACCACGAUAUUCUGGUAAAUUAAGUUGAAUAUAAGUGAAAUAUGAAAAUAUUUUGAUGUUUAUGUGGUUGCAAAUGAUUUUAUUGCAGUAUAAACCAAAACGCCGCCGUUUCAACCCGGUACAUAAGUGAAAUGCGACAGAAGAAAAAGCGCUUGUGGAGUUCCUAAUGGAAAAUAGAAGUUUCGAGAAACCAUCGGCCCAAAGCUUUUAUGGUGGUUUCAUCGAAGACACGCAGCUGACGGUAGGAUGGAAAGUAGUGCGCGCAAAAGUACGCAAUAUGCGCACUAAUUAUAACAAAGCAAAGGAGUGGGAAGGGUCGACAGGCGCAGGAAGUAUGGAAGGCGACACAAUAAAAAAAUUUCUGUUAGAAAGCGAUUCUACAAGUCCAUCGAGAGCAGAAUGUGUGGUUGAAGCGGGCAGUUCAGUUGAAGCUGAAGAAUUACAAAGUCCUGCGUUGAACGACUAUGUGUGCACUCGAAGGCAGAAAGGAAUAUAUUCCAAAACUGCCUUGUCAGAUAGUUUGCAGGUUCAUGGCGAGAUCGCAGAAGUAAGGAAGCAAAAGCUUAAGAUGGGUGUUAAAGCAAGGAAAAGGGAAAUGUCAAUCAAAGAAAAAGAACUAGAGUUAAAAGAAAAAGAAUUAAAAAAAAGAGAAAUUAAUGUCAAAUUAAAAAUUGAAAAAAUGAAAUUAAAAAUGCAGGAGAGGUUGGCAAUGGAAGAGCUUAGGCUAAAAUAUAAAUAAUUUUACAAUGCACUACAUUUUUAGUUCACUUUUGGUAUGAAUUUAUUUUUAUUAUUAUGUGUUUUUUUAUGUUUUAAAUGAAGUUUUUAUGUUAUAAGUCUUGUUGUAAUAUUAACAGUUAGUGCCUUUUGAAGAAUACGAAAAUGAAAUGAUAAAUGUACCUAACCCAAAAUAAAAGAACCAAAACCAAAAAACCAAAAAAUAUAGUUGGAUUAUAAUUAAGCA